AUGACGGCAUCGAGAGCCAACAGCAGAUCUAAUCGAAGGAAACGAGAGUGGAUUCUUCCACCAACAAGACUUUAUGAGAAUAUUGACUACACAAAAGAGGAUUUUGUGGCAAAGAUCCGGUCUGAUAAAGAUAUUAACUGGCAGAUGGUGGAAUAUGGACUAACAGGUCACGGCGCUGACAAGGCACCCUAUAACUUGUUUGUUAUCAAUCCUGAAAAUGGCUAUGUUAGGGUCACCAGCCUGCUAGACAGAGAGAAAACAUCCUUAUAUAACCUGACUGGCAUAGCGAAAUUUCGUAACGGAUCAAUAGCAGAGGAAAACAUUGAGCUGAAAAUUAAAGUUGAGGAUCAGAAUGAUAACCCACCGAUAUUCAAACAACAAAGGGGAUCCGUGAGGGAAAGCAGCAAGAUUGGAACACCUGUCGUGCAAAUAAAAGCUACCGAUGCGGAUGAACCGGACACACUUAAUUCCAAAAUAGCAUACAGUAUAUUAAGACAAACCCCAGCCGAAUCUGGGCAUAUGUUCUCCAUUGAUAAAACAACUGGGAUAGUCUAUGUGAAGGAGAAAGCCCUGGAUCGAGAGAGACACGACACAUAUACUUUAAUAGUUCAGGGAGUUGAUAUGAACGGAGCUGCGUCUGGCAACACAGGAACAGGCACAGUGCAAAUUCGUAUUUUGGAUAUUAAUGACAAUGUUCCCACUCUUGAGAAAGAAGAGUAUUCGGGCAGUGUUGAUGAAGGUGUGAUUGAUGUGGUUGUCAUGAGAAUUAAAGCCCUGGACAAGGAUCUGGAAUUCACUGACAACUGGCUGGCAGUGUUUGAUAUCCAUAAAGGAAAUGAAGACAAUAUCUUCUCUAUUGAAACGGACCCUAAAACGAAUGAGGGAAUUCUAAAACUUGUCAAGCCUGUUGAUUUUGAAAAGGUAAAAGAAUUAGACCUCAGUUUGGUUAUUUCAAAUGUAGCUCCUUUCAUAAAUGGAAGUGCUUUAGAGCUGGACGUUAAUCUAGACAAGGGUUUAGGGCCUGGAGCAGGCCUAGGAGCAGGGGCCGGGGUGGGAGCGGGGUUAGGAGUAGGCUUAGGUUUGGGACUAGGACUGGAUGCGGGACUGGACGCGGGACUGGACGCGGGACUGGAUGCAGGACUGGAUUUGGAUGCUGGAUUGGGUGUAGAUGCUGGACUGGAUGCUGGAUUGGGUUUAGAUGCUGGACUGGAUGCUGGAUUGGAUCUGGGUGCUGGAGUGGAUGCAGGUGGUGAUGUUGGGCUUAAACCUGAUGGUAAGCCUGGAGCCAAGCCCGGCCCCUCACCUGGUGUCAAGCCUGGGACAAAACCUGGUACUAAACCAUCUGGCAAACCUGGAUCUGAGCCUGAUAAAAAACCAGCUGGGAAAGGUUACCCAGUUAAGAUCAGUGUAAACAACCAACCCGAUGGUCCUAGCUUCUCACCUUCUGUGAAAGGCUUCCCAGUGUCAGAAGAUCCAGAUAAUAAAGAUUUCCCAAUAGUGCUGGGAACGUAUGCUGCUUUGGAUGGUGACACUGGAGAACCAGCUGAAAAUGUGAGGUAUGCUAAAGGUCAUGAUCCCGAUAACUGGCUCAGCAUUGAUGAGGAAACUGCUGAGAUUAAACUAACAAAGGCACCUGAUCGAGAAUCAAAGUUUUUGGUCAAUGGAACCUACUUCGCAAAGAUUAUCUGCAUGACUCAAGAUGUGCCAGCUAAGACUGCGACUGGGACAAUAGCAUUAAAAGUAGAGGACUCAAAUGAUCACUGUCCCAAGCUGACCAGCACCCAUCAUCAAACUUGUGAUAAUAAUAAAGUGAUUAAUGUCACAGCUUUCGAUGAGGAUGCUGAUCCAAAUGGAGCACCUUAUCAAUUUGUUCUGAUAGAAGAGGAAAGUGUGGGAAAAUGGGAGAUGGUGCCUAUAAACGGAACAACUGUAAGCUUUCAUGCACUGGAGGCUUUGUGGCCAGGCAUGUACAAGCUGACAGUGAAGGUCUCGGACGCUCAGGGUCUGGCCUGUCCAGACAACCAAAAGUUUGAGGUAGAAGUUUGCAGCUGUGAGAAAAAAGGCUCAUGUGGGCCGAAACUGGCUGCACAGCGUGGCUUACCAAUCAAAAUAGGAACACCAGCCAUUGGCUUGUUCCUCGGUGGUGCAGCUUUGCUCCUGUUGGUACCCUUCCUCCUGAUCUUCUGCCAGUGUGGGACCAUGAGCGAAUUCACAGAUUUGCCCUUUGAUGCUAAAGAAUCUCUCAUUGCAUAUCACACUGAAGGCAUAGGAGAGGACAAGGAGGUUCCUCUUCUCAGCAGUCCUGUUGCUGCAAUAGACCAAAAACAACUGUUCCAGAAUGGAACAGUUUCCAACUAUGUAUCCAACAAUGUAUCCUCAAUGCCCGUUCAAGCAAGUGUCACUAAUGAAAGCAGAACAUUCAACCAGGAAAUAAACGAAGGGUUUACAGAAACUGACAGCAAAAGGUUUUGGUCCCGGCGAAACACCUUUUCAACAGCCAACCAGCGCAACAGUGCUCUCUACUCUACAUCACUCAUGUUUGAAAAACAAGACAUUUAUGAGGAUAUGGCAGUGGGAGAUGCCUUUCUCAAUGAAUAUUUCUCUCAGAAAGCAAGCUGUCUUGCAGCGAACCCUCUUCUGACAGAUGGUCUUCUGUUGUAUGGGUAUGAGGGUCGAGGCAGCCCGGCUGGCUCUGUUGGUCGUUGCAGCCUCCUUGAGUCUGACGAUGACCUGGAGUUCCUCAACAACCUAGGGUCAAAGUUCCUUACAUUAGCGGAACUAUGCCAUCCUCCAAAGCCUCCUGUACCCCCUCCCAAAACUGAGCAAGUAGUCAAAUCGGUUGAAACCAGCUUCAAAACCGAGAAGUCCAUCAGUACUAGCACUGUCCAGGUUACCAAAACCGUCCCACCUCCACAAGAAGUACAACAAAGCUCUGUUACCAAAGUUGAGACGGUUAAUAAAUCAGCCACGCUUCCAAGUGCCAAAGCAAGCGAGAUGCUUUUUGUGCAACAGCAGCCUCUAUUCUACCUGGUGGAGCAGCAAAUACCAAACACAGUUUUUGUUGAGAGUCCCACUCAGGGUUUGUAUGUAAUAAAUGGAAACCCUGGGACGGAAGGUUUGAUACUCCAAGGCGGAAACAUUUCACAGGCGACUCUGAGCCGAGGACAACAAGCAAUGUAUGUGAUUAACGGAGCCCCUGUAGCUGCUAAUCAGCCGAUACAGCUGCAAACGGAAAGACAGGAACAGGAGACUGUGCUGGGAUUUAGCCCUGUCUCAUCUCCCAUCGGAUCGCCUGGUGGAGUACUGCUAAUGCAGACCCACUUUCAGGAGAACCCAUUGCAAGGUGCGACCAGCAGACCACCAAUCUUGCUUGCUGAUGUUCCAACACUGGGCAAACAAAAGAAGAAGACGACACCACCUGAGCCACUGGGUACUAAAGAAGUGGAGCCUAAAGCAAAAAACACUGCACCAUCUAAAUAGAUAUGAGAAGAUUCAAGAAGACAAGUCCCAAAGCCAGGGUACAAAAUUAAAUCCCAUUUGAGAAGGGGGAAAAAAUGAUAGAUAGGACGGAGAGACAGAUAGAUUUUAUGCUCAAGAAACAUUUCUUAUUAUGUUGAAAGCAGUUCCUUAAUAUUUUUGUGGAGACUGUGAUAUUUUUUCAGGAUUUUGAUUUGAUUUGAUGGAAUAAUUCCUCAAAUUUUCAUCCAAUAUUUCUUUGAUAUUUUUUAUAUGUAGUACAUAUUUUGUGCUUUUUUGUUGUACUUGUGAACAUGCUAGCAUCAAAAUGAACAUGAGAAGGUCAGUGUAUUUCUACAAGAGUGGCUGUUGCUGUCUAUGAAAGACAUCAAAUUAAUCACUCGUGAAGUUCCGUUUUGGUUAAUAUCUGCCUAAAAGACAACUCCCCCUUAGACAGCUGACUAGGCUUUGAGACACAGCCAGUGUCUGUCAGUCAAAAGAAAUCAAUGCGUGACAAGAACAAAGUGACUCAAAAGCAAAUAAUCUUUUUUUUUUACAUUUCUGAACAGAUAAGAUCAUAGACUUGAACCCUGAAGCAAAAGGCUGCUUCUCUCUCAAAGAAUGUCAAGAAAAAGUAAAGAACAAGCUUGUGAAGCACAACUUGAAAAUCCAGCAGCUUUUUCUUCAGCUGAAGUUACUAUUCGUCGAUAAUGUCCUUGCUAAAAGAUUAUCUCUUGCACUGUUCAUUCAGUCAGAGAGAUGUAUGUGUCUAUGCAGACACCAUCUAGACCAUUUGUCCUUAAGGUUCAUCUACGUUCACAUUGACAGACGUACAUGUGGCCAGAUGUUCUGACAGCUGAUGGAGGAAUCGUUUGAGGGACAGUGAUCAGUAAAGAACACUAUGUGUGUGAGCUACGUGUUACAGAUGGAGAUGGCCUGUGGGAUGAAACUGUAAAAUAAGCAUAUUUGUGCGCCAGGUGCUCACCCAGGAUAUGAGAGUGUAAAUCUGACUUGAUCCCACCCUCUUGCCGUUCUCAUGACCCUUUCUUGCUAUUUCUCUAUUUUUAAUUAUCAAUAGAAUAACAAGGCUAAAACGUAUUGUAAAAUUAAAGAAAAAAAAUUGCUAUAUAAUGUUUGUCAAAAAUGAAUCCAUUUCUUUUUUCAG